CCUCCUACUGUACAAUAUUUUUUAUUAACUAAUUGACCACUUAAGGAAAUGGAGCUCCCUCAAAGGGAAAGUGGUAGCCUAUAAAAUUCUAAAGAAGGAAAGUGGGAUUAGAGUGCCAGAUUGUUUACUCUAUUGUUCUGCACACGCAUUGUCUAAGAAUUAUUUGAUAUGCAUUUCAAAGAAGUAAUUGUACUGAACAAGUCCUAUGAUUGUUACACAUCACCACCAUAGAUUGUCCUAUUAUGCAUAGCACUUCUUUAUAUAUCUGAUGCCCACUAACGCUUACAACUUUGAUCAAUUUGUUUAGACUUCUAGCUUUUCUUUCGCCUAAAUGAUCUGUUCACAGGACUUAUUGAGGGUGUAAUUUCAGAUGUUUUGGCCUAUCAGCCAAUGUUAUGUUAUUUGUGACUAUGAAAAUAAUGUCGGUGUUUCAUGGUUGAUUUGUGACUAAUCAUUGUUGAAGUUCAUGGAGGUCACAUAAACCUGGUGACUAUUUAAUUUUUUCUUUAGACGCUAGUGGUAUAUUUUAUGGUCUCUUUUACUCUUGCUUUCAGAGCAAAGAAGGUACAUGCUUAAACAAGAUUGGGUGAUAGUGCACUUCUGUGGGACUUGAAAAUCAUAUUUCAUUUCUUUAUUCCUCUAAUGGUCAAUCUAACCACUAAGAAUAUGAAUAUAAUUAUAUAACUGUAUUCCUUGCUAUAAAUAGGUAUCUAGUUUCUUGCAUGCAACAUUGAUAUCCUUCAUUCUUCCUGUGAACACUAGAGAUGAUGGUUCUAAUCUUUAUUGUGCUCAGUUUAGUUACUCAAGUGUCAGCCCUUGAUGCUUGUCCUAAAUGUGGCAGCAUUGAUAUCCCUUACCCACUUAGCACAGCUGAUGACUGUGGUGAUCCUAGGUACAGAAUUUAUUGCAACAAUGGCAAUUUAGAGUUCCUGUCGGCUGAAGGGCUUUAUUAUAAGAUCCUCAGCAUAAAUCCAAGUACUUAUAAGCUUGUUAUUAGUCCUCCCCAAGUACCCCCAAACAUGUGUUACUCUUCUGAUGUAAGCGUAGGUGGAUUAAGGCUUGACGAUAACUUGCCUUUCAACAUAUCCAGUCGUAAUACUGUCAUGUUAUUGAACUGCUCUGAGUCAAUCCUUUUGUCUCCAUUGAACUGUUCAUCAAACAGCAUUUGCAGGCUGUUUGAGGAAGCCAGGGAGGGAAGUGGCUGUAAAGGUACACUUUGUUGCCAUUACUUGAAAGAUGGAUCCAUGAACGCGCAUAGGAUUAGAGUAAGGAUUGGAGGCUGCACUGCUUAUACUUCUGUAGUGGAUAUAAAGCCUGAAGACCCUAUUGAUUCAUGGAACUAUGGCAUUGAGCUCCAAUGGAUUCCUCUGACUUGAUUUAAAAUUUUUCUGGCGUUGAUCUAAAAUGCAUUAGUAUCAGUCAUUUAUUUCGCAUCGUUGUUUGGCAGUCGGGAGUUCAUCGCGUACCUUCUGUUCCCUGUGUAAAAUUGGUUGUUGUUGGGUGUCGAUUAUGCUAUGUGUUCACUGUGGUGGUUCCCUUGUUAUUCUUACUUCAAUCCUACGAUGACUGUAUGAAUUGUGGCAGAGGUGGUGCUUGUCAAAUGUUCCAAUUCUAUUGGUAUUGCUGUUUCUUUUCUUUG